AUGGCGCCGCCGCGGGCGCUGCCGCUGAUGCUGGCUGGCGCGCCGCUGGCGGCGGGCGCACCGCCGCGGCAGCCCCGCGGCAGCUACCUGCGGGUGCCGGAGGUGCCUCGCCCGCCCACGUUCGCCCUCGCGGAGCUGCUGGCCAGGCUGGAGCACAGCCAGCUCGACGGGGAUGGCGACGGAGGCUGCAGUGAGGGCGAGUUCGUCGCAGCCGUUGAGAGCGAGGCGAGGCGCGCCGCGGGCGAGGCCUGGAGCGCGGUCGAUGCCAACUCCGACGGCCAGCUCGACCUCGACGAGUUGGCCGAGGCAGUCCAGCCGCUCGGGAGGGGCGACGGGUUCUCGGCGCCGCAGCCGCUGUGGACGUUCCUGUGGCUGCUGGCGCGGCGCUUCCAGGGCAGCGACCUCGAGCGCUCGGCGCGGGUCGGCGUGGGCGCCAUGGGCCAGGAGGUCGCGGCCCUGCUGCGGGAGGUGCCGUUCCUGGACGAGCGGCGCGCCCUCUUCGACGCGGCGGCCGGGCCCGGCGUCGGCGACGACGGCGGGGCGUUCGGCGCCGCGGAGUGGUCGGCCUGGCGGCGGAGGUACAGCGGCCGGGACAAGCGGAGGAGGAGACGACGGAAGCCGCCCCGGUGA